AUGGUACCAACCAGCAAAGAAAUAGCAGCACUUACUGUUGAUUUUUUAUCUACUGUUAUCGAUAAACAGGAAGUCUCAAAUGACAACUGUGAUUCCUUGAAUGUUGCCAUCGAUUGUAUCACAGAUGUUUUUGAUUUUGACAGAGAUUCUAUUAAAUCUGUUAUCGGUGAAAAAUUCAAUGGUAACGGUUUGAAACAAAUCUUAACUAAAACUAUAGAAGAAUAUGCCAAUGAAGAUAACAAUGAAGACGUUAAAGUUAACAUCCCUAAAGAUGAUGCUGAAAUCAAAGCCAAGGCUGAAGCGUUGAAAUUAGAAGGAAAUAAGGCUAUUACUGAAAAGAAAUUUGAAUUAGCUAUUGAAAAAUACACUGAAGCAAUCAAAGUACUUCCAACAAAUGCUGUAUACUAUGCCAACAGAGCUGCUGCUUAUACAAAUUUACAAAAAUAUGAUGAAGCUGUAGAGGAUGCCACUGCUGCAAUCAAGAUCGAUCCUAACUAUUCUAAAGGUUAUUCCAGGUUAGCCUACGCCAAAUAUGUUCAAGAUAAACCUGAGGAAGCAUUAGAAGCUUACAAAAAGGUUUUAGAAAUAGAAGGGGAUAAUGCAACUGAAGUGAUGAAGAGAGGAUAUGAAACCGCUAAGAAGAAGGUCGAAGAGACAUUGAACCAAAAAAGCAACACUGAAAAUUCUGAUGUUUCACCAGUUACAAAAGCGACACAAGAUGAUCAGACAACUAGUUCUACUUCCACAGCAACCCCAGACUUUUCAUCAAUGUUUGGAAAUGGCGGUUCAGGUAAUACGCCUGACUUUGCUUCUAUGCUAGGUGGAGGCUUAGGUGGAGGUUUAGGUGCUUUGCUAAAUAAUCCUCAAGUUAUGCAAGCAGCUCAAUCUAUGAUGCAAGAUCCAAAUGCAAUGCAAAAAAUGCAAUCUAUGAUGCAAAAUCCAGCUAUACAACAAAUGGCUCAAAAUUUUGCUAGUGGUAACACCAGUUUAAAUGAUUUAAUGAACAACCCAGAUAUUCAAAACAUGGCUUCUAAUUUAUUUGGGGGAGCUGCUUCUGGUAACUCAAGUAACAAGAAAUAA